AGUCAGUUUUUGUAUGUAAACUCUUCCACUUCCUCAAGUUUUCAGCCUGUGUGUGUUCGGUCCUGCAGAGAUCAUGCAGAUUCACUGCUCGGUGCAUGAAGGUCAGUUCAUCAUUAAUAAGCACUAGUGAUGCGGCUGUCAAUCAAACGGACACUUCUCUUUCUGUUUACUCUGUUCGGAGGGUAUACUCUUAUCAGGACUCUAUAUCGCGUUAUAACGUGCCACGGAAAGCUGACUGGAGCCCAUGUGGUCUCCGUGCUGGUUCAGAACCGGACCCGGUAUCGGUACGACCGGAACACACCGAUCGUGUUUGUGGGCGGAGUUCCACGCUCAGGCACCACGCUGAUGCGCGCUAUGCUGGACGCACACCCCUGGAUCCGCUGCGGGGCGGAGACGCGCGUGAUCCCCCGGGUGCUGUCGCUGCGGCAGGCCGGCACAGAGCAGCCCGGAGUCGACCAGGAGGUUCUGGACGCCGCGACAACUGCAUUCCUGCUGGAGGUCAUCGCGCGGCACGGAGAACCGGCACCAGUGCUCUGCAAUAAAGACCCGUUCACUCUGAAGAGUGCUGUCUAUCUGUCACACCUGUUCCCCAACUCUAAGUUUGUGCUGAUGCUCAGAGACGGCCGUGCGUCUGUGCACUCCAUGAUCUCCAGACGGGUCACUAUUGCCGGCUUCGACCUGUCCAGCUACAGAGACUGUCUGAGUAAGUGGAGCAGCGCCAUUCAGGCCAUGCUGUCCCAGUGCAUGGCUGUGGGCCCACAGCGCUGUCUGACCGUCCGAUACGAGGACCUGGUGCUGCGACCGCGAAUCUCCAUGCAGAGAGUCCUGCUUUUCCUCCAAUCGCCCUGGCAUGAAGGAGUUUUACACCACGAGGAGGCCAUCGGACAGCCCGGAGGGGUUUCACUGUCACGAACCGAACGCUCCACAGAUCAGGUGAUCAAACCUGUGAACUUGGAAGCUCUGACACGGUGGGUCGGCCACAUCCCAGCAGACGUGCAGGACGACCUGGAAAACAUCGCACCCAUGCUGCGCCGGCUGGGCUACAACCCCAACGCCAAUCCUCCAGACUAUGGCCAGCCAGAUCCUGAAGUCAUCAACAAUACUCAGAGGGUACUGAAAGGAGAUUUUAAAAUUCCCAGGAGCCUGAAAAAGAUGGGCACAAAAAACUGAUGUGAAAAAAUACAUUAAAAGGACAGAGACCGUUUUAACUUCCUCGUGCUCUCAGAAGCGGAUUGUUCUCUUCAUAAAGGAAGUGAACCAACAUUUAUUUGCACUGGACUUCCUGAAAACACCACAGUUUUAUGUCUUGUUUGGGGAAAUGAAAAUAUCUGUGACGUUUAGUGACGCUGUUGCUAUGUGUCCGUUUUCUUGACCUAGUUUUUAUUAAAUGGACCUAUUCAUGUUUUCCUAGUGCCAGAACUUUCUCUUUCCCCCUCAGUGUGCACUAUUUCAAUAAACGUAUUUCACACA